AUGCUAAGUCUUCUUGCUCUCCUCUGGAAUCUCCUGCUUCCAGGCAGCCAGGCAGUCACACUGGAGCAGCGGCCUGUGGUCAUAGGGCGCCUGGGCAGCUCUGCCAUCCUGCCCUGUGAGACACGCUCCAAAGUUAGCUAUGUGCACUGGUACCGCCAGCAGGUGGGCAAAGCUCCCGAGAGGCUCCUCCGUCUGGCCAUGUUCAAGUCAGAUGUGCAGUGGGAUUCUGUCCUGAAAGCCGAUAAGGUCACGGCCAUGGAGUCCAAGGAUGGUCUCAGUUGCACCCUAUCAGUGCUGAAGCUGGAGAGAAGUGAUGAAAGCCUGUACUACUGUGCUGCCUGGGACACCACAGCACCACAUGACACCCUGAGCCCUUUUGGUGGAGGAACCAAACUUGUCGUCGCAGAUAGAAGACCUGGGGGAGAUUUUUCUCCUAAACCCACUGUUUUCCUCCCUUCACCCGCUGAAGUAAGCCUCCACCAGUCUGGGACCUAUCUUUGUCUUCUUGAGAAGUUUUUCCCCGAGGUCAUUAAGAUAGAUUGGAAAGAAGAGAACAGCAAUACGAUGCUGGAAUCUCAGCAGGGAGAUGUUGUGAAGACAGAUGACACAUACAUGAAAUUCAGUUGGCUGACAGUGACAGAGAAUUCUCUGGAUAAAAAGCACAAAUGUAUUGUCAAACACGAGUUUAACAGAAGAGGGGUUGAUCAAGAGAUUAUCUUUCCUUCAAUAAAGAAAGUCCAGCAGUAUUUAUCAAAGACCUACUUUGAGACAAGCACUGUUACAGGAACUGUGACUACUACAGGAAAACAAGGUGGUGUUGUGUAUACGACCCCUGUUCUGAUUAAAGAUGAAAGUGAAUCCAUGAAAGAAAUCAAAGAUUUACUGCAGCUGCAGCUCUUCAACAACUCUGCCUUUUAUACCUACUUUGUCCUUCUUCUCAAGAGCAUGAUCUACUUCACCAUCAUAGCCUUCUGUCUGUUUAGGAGAACGCCAGUCUGUAGCAACAGAAAGAUUUCACAACAGAUGAUGGCACAAAGGGAAGAAAAUGUUCUUUCAUAA